CCCACGUUUUCCUCUAGGCAGACGGGUGGGCAGUUCGUAGAGGAGUUGACGCGAGAGCUCGACCACCGCCACCAGCGCCAGGAGCUCGACAACAGGAACCACCGGGACCUGGACAGCAGGAACUACCGCCACGAUAUGGACAACAGGAAUUAUCGACAGGAUGUAGACAAACACCACCGCCAGACCACAGCCCCUCCCUUCCUUCUACAGAGCAUAGAAGAGAACAAGAAGAAGACGAGGAAUAUGUUCAAUCCUGUCUCCAACGGGCGGCAGAGUGACACCAAUCCAAACUUCAUUUAUUGAUGAAGUUAAAGGGAGUCCCAAAUGUGCAGUCGAGGAUGCAUUACAGAAUCACUUUGAUACCUAACAUUUUUGAGGUUCUUCUAAGGUCAUCUAACACCACCAUUUCCCGGUUUGGUCUUUUGGUUCAAUUUUAGGUAAAUGACUUUAUUUUUAAUAUCAUAUGAAUUGGAACAAAUAGGAUUAGACCACCGCUUGUUUUGGUUUAUUGGAUAAAUAAUAUUUUUAUCGCAGUUUUGUGGAACUAAUUUGUUGCUAAACAAAAGGGUUAGGCGUCUGCAGUUGAUAUUGUGUGGACGACGAUAAUAAUGGAUGUUUAACAUUUCUUUGGGAAAUAGUUACCAAUAAGGUAAGGUUUUUGAUUUUGCAUGAUAAAUUAAUUAAUUUAUUAUUUAUUUUAUGGUUGAUACUUGGUGUAACUUUACCCAAACACAUAAACAAAAUACCAUCACAUACCUACUUUUAACUUUAAGUACAAUUCCACAGAACGUGAAAAAUAUUUAUAGGAAAAAUAUAAGGAACUAAAAACGCUCUAUAAAUAAUACAAGAGCCACUAAUACAUCUUGAUAUUGCUUACGAGAUUCUAGACAACGCUAGAAUUUUCUAGAAUUCUUUAGAAUCUUGUAUGGCAGAUAUUGUCGAAUAAUUAUUCGGUAAAAUGAUAUUAAAAGCAAACAGACGACAUAUUAAUUCAAGUCAAAUAAAAGUUUAGAAUGGUUUUGUUUCGCAAUUCACAGUUCUUUUGCAGUCAAUAGCAAUUCUUAUACAUUUAAAUAAUCAAACAUUUCUCAAUUGUGUUUAGUCGGAUUUGGAUUCAGUCGAAGUUGCUUUUAUGACACAAAUUAUUGGAUUGUUUCUUAUUUAAUAGAUUGUUUUAUUCAAGUAGACUGACAUUUUACAUUUCUUUAAAUUCGGGUUUUACUUAUUUAUUUACCUUUUGUUUCUAUAUAUUUUUAUACCUUAAAAUUAUUACCUAUUUAUGUGACAUGAGGACGCUAAUUGUCUUUUAAAUAUGUGAUAAUUUUGCUUUGCUGUAAAUUCCAUAUAAUAACUCUUAAAGUUAAAUAAAUAUUCCAUUUCAACUUCUUUUUAGUUUAUCUUUCUUUUUGUUUUUCGAAGAAACAAUCCAUGCUGGUAUAUGGAUAGGUUGCAUCCUGUCGUAAUUAUGAUACGUAUUAAUUUUAGCAUAAGGGUGAAAAUGCGGUAAGCGUCUUCUUUUCUAAUUUUCUUCUGAGAAAAUUAGUUUUUAAAGACGAUCAUUUUGUAUAAUAUUUAAUUUUAAUAUACAUUAUAAAUAAAUUAAUUUAAAUACUU